GCACCCAGUGGGCGUGGUCGCCUGUCCGUCAGCUGCAGAAACACUUCCUACGUUUCUUCGGCGCAGUGGGGAGCGAACAGUAAAUGACUAAGAGUCAUAAUCAGUGGAACAAAGAUGUAUCGCUGUGGUCUGUUAACUCCUGAGAAGGAACCAGUUCCUCUGAAGAGCAUCGAGGUGGAGCUGCAGGUGAGGGACCAUGUGGCCACAGUGGUCUCUACUCUGAGCUACGACAACAAGGAGGACAAACCAAUAGAGGCUGUGUUCGUCUUCCCUCUGCCUGGAGACGCUGCCGUCUGUCAUUUCAGUGCUACCGUUGGUCAGACACAGAUUGUAGCUGAGGUGAAGGAGAAGCAGCAGGCUCGUGAGGAGUAUGAUGACGCCCUGAGCUCCGGUCAGCAGGCCUUCCUGUUGGAGGAGAGUGACCAGAGUCCAGACAUCUUUUCUCUGAGUGUGGGGAGUCUCCCUCCAGGAGAGAGCGCCUCCAUCAGGCUGGAGUAUGUCACUGAGCUGGCUGUGCAGGCUGAUGACGGCCUGAGGUUUUGUCUGCCUGCUGUGCUCAACCCUCGUUACCAACCUCGGGGAAGUGAGGGUCCCAGUGUUGAGGUGACAUCAGUUCCAGCGUCUCAGGUUCCCUACACUCUGUCUUUCUCUGCUCGACUGUCGUCUCCUCGUCCGAUCUCUAAAGUAGAGUCCAGCUCCUCCCUGGAUCCUCUCCAGUUCCUCAACGCAGAGCAAACCCAGGCCACAGUGAAGUUGGCUGCAGGACACAAGUUUGACAGAGAUGUGGAGCUGCUGGUUUAUUACAAAGAUGCCCACCAGCCCUCUGCUGUGGUAGAAGCAGGACAGGCCUCUGCAGAGCCUGGCUCUCUGAUGGGGGAUCCAGUAGUGAUGGUGAGCCUGUACCCCGACUUCCCUCAGACUGUGAUGUCUUCAGUCGCUUCGUGUGGAGAGUUUGUGUUUGUGCUGGAUCGAUCUGGGAGCAUGGAUUGUGCCGUCAAUAACACCAACCCGGAGCAGACUCGUAUUGCAAAUGCCAGAGACACGCUGCUGCUGCUGCUGAAGAGUUUACCAAUGGGCUGCUAUUUCAACAUCUACGGCUUUGGCUCCACCUUUGAACACAUCUUCCCUGAGAGUGUGGAGUACAGUGAGAAGACCAUGGAGGAGGCUCUGAAGAAAGUUGAAGGGAUGCAGGCUGAUCUGGGCGGAACCGAGAUCCUUCAGCCUCUCAAACACAUUUACAACCAGCCCUGUGUUCCCAACCAGCCCAGACAGCUGUUCGUCUUCACCGACGGGGAGGUGUGGAACAACAAGGAAAUUCUACAUCUGGUGAAGGAGAAUGCAAGUUCUCACAGAUGUUUCUCCUUUGGGAUCGGGGAAGGGGCCAGCUCUGCUCUCAUCAACGGACUGGCCAAGGAAGGAGGAGGUCACGCCCAGUUCAUCACUGGGGCCGACAGGAUGCAAACCAAGGUGUUGCAGUCGCUGCGAUUUGCUCUGCAACCAGCUGUGGUGGACAUCUCAGUCACAUGGGAUCUGCCAAAAGGCGUGUCUGCCACUGUCCUCUCCCCACCAAUCACAGCCAUUUUCCAUGGUCAGAGGUCACUGGUUUAUGCCCAGCUCACUGGACAGAGCUCAGAAGCAGCAGAGGGGUGUGUGACGGUGAAGUACAGCCUGGCAGGUCAUCCCUCGCAGAGCCGAGUCAAGUUCAGCCUUAAAGCAGUGGACACUGGAUUAACCGUCCACAGGUUGGGCGCUCGCUCCUUGAUCCGCUCUCUGAAGAUGCAGAAGAGAGGAGGUGGAGAAACGCCCGAGGAAGUGAAAAAGAGAGUGGUGGAGCUCAGCGUCCAGUCCGGAGUGAGCAGCGCCUACACGGCCUUCGUCGCUGUCAACAAAGGCAACAAUGAGACAAUUCAAGGACCUCUGGUGCGCAGAAAUGUUGAAACCCCCGGGAUGAUGAUGGCCUAUUCAAUGCCAAAACUUAAAAAAUGUAGGCGAGCUGGUGGUGGGAGCCCUCGUAACAGAGCGGUACUAAUAGAUAUGUGUGGCCGCACACCACUUAGCAGGUAUCAAUGUGGUAUAGAGACAGAAUGUUAUGAAGCUGCUGAACCUCCCCAGCCCAAGCAGCCUUGCAAAGACCCUUUUCUGCAGCUGGUCUCCCUCCAGAAGGCGUCUGGCUGCUGGCUGCUGGAUUCAGCUCUGGCUGCUGCGCUGGGAAAGACCAGCGAGGAGGUGGAGAAGCCAAAGCCUGCACCGGUCAGCCAGGACGUGUGGGCCACCGUUCUGGCUCUGAUCUGGCUUCACGGCUUUAAGAUGGAUAUUAAGGAAGAGUGGGAGCUGCUGGCCAUGAAAUCUGUGUCCUGGCUCCGUGCUCAAAAUGCACCAUGUGUAAAGGAGUGUUUGGAAGCUGCAAACAAGCUGCUGGGCUGCAGCGUGCAGGAAGCUUCACUGGGGCUCUGAAGGAGAAUUCACUGGUGCACAGGCUCAGAUUUACUCCAUCCAUAAACAUGCUACUUUUUGCCUUCUUGCUACCUCUGUCAUAGUUUGUGCCUUAAUAAACAGUAUAUGUGCUGUGGUUCACUGGUUGAGGAUUAGCCAUUUUACAAAAUGCUUUGCUUCUUUGAUGUUGCUCUGUUUAAAUCGAUGCUCUUGAGAGAGGAAAAGAAUAAAAAGUGAAAAUGGGAAAAAAAUAUUUUAAUACGUUUGUGCAGACGUACUGUACAUAUUUAUACCAAAGUAUUACCAUGGUAUCUGUCAUAGCUACGUAUUGCUUGCUUUUUCUACAUUAGUACAAUCAUUACAAAAUGUCAUUUUAUCAUGUAUUUAUGCUAAACAGAAGUUACUUAUCGUAGUACAUCACAUGCACUACACAGGUUUUCCCCUAGAGGGCACUUAUGUAUUUAGCAAAUGGUUAGUUAGACUCAGGUCAAGUACUUGAGGCUUCACCCCUCAAGUGCUUGACCUGAGUUUGUCUAACUAACUAACUAACUAACUAACUAACUAACUAACUAACUAACUAACUAACUAACUAACUAACUAACUACUAUGGCAGAAAUGAUCUGUGACUGCAGAUGUCAUCACUGUCUUUACGUGUAUGUUCCUCUUUAGCACAUAAUUCAAUCAAUACUUGCAUAACAACGAAAAUAAGGAUUAAUAAAAUGGUGCCCUACUUCACUGUAAAGAAUGAAUAAAUGGUUUGAAGUUUAA